CUGCACAAUCACAUAACACAGGCACUAGCCAGUUAAAUCAAGUGUUUUAAUCAGUUUAAGUGUUUGCUUAAAAUUCGUCCCUCAAACAGAGUUCUCCGGUCACUUAAGCAAUGUUUGCAACUCAUGUGAGGUAGUCGCAGUGGCGUGCAAAGACAUUUGGAAGGGCAGGGGCACAAAUUAUAAGGACACUUAAUGCGAAAUAUUUAAAGGCCACAUAGACCGGAAGCUCCAAUUAACGCUGCAUUUGUGUGUGUAUCUGCGUCAUUACCUCGUUUAUGAAACCCUAAAGUUUCAGAACAACAGUUCAGCCACUGCUGAGAAAAUAGUGUUGUAUUGUUUUCCUGGGCUCUGCAAAGUGGAUCGGCACUUCCUUAAUUUGAUGUCGUCAUCAGAAAUCCUCACCACUCCUCUCACCACCGUAGCGCCUCCUGGUGCGGGCACUAGUCCGGGCAUAUCCGGUUGCGUACAUUCAACCGCAGAAGAAGAAGAACUACUCUCUUUGUAGCUGCUGAGAUGCAGAGCAUCCACCGUGCCAGAGGGGGAGCUGUGUGUCUGAGAGCUGGCCUAUCUAUUACGUCACUUCCAGGUACCUGGCCAAUCACAGGACAGUAGGAAAGCUCUCGUUGGCUGGCCAAUCACAACACAGCCCACUUUCUGGGGGUGUGGUAUUGGUCUGAAACAGCGCGGCUGAGGAGAGCGUCAGUGAGGAGAUAUUUUGAUCGGCUCGUUAGCAGCGAUUAGGAGGAUUUUAACCACGAAAACAAGUUAAUAUAUGUAAGUAGACCUCCAUAACUAACAUAUAUGUGUGAUACAAGCAUUCUAUGUCGCCUUUAAAGAACACCUACCAGAGGGGCAGGUGCCAUGGUAAGAUUAUGGCAAGUGCGACCUGGGGACAAAAGCAGCCUGGGCCUGGGGACUGAAUUUCAUGGGGGCACCCAUAGGAAACGAAGUUGCAAGGGCAUCUUAUGCCAUGUUUCCACUACAUGGUCCGAGCUCUUGCCUCGACUCUAUACAGUUUGGUUGGUUUUCCAUAACAAUAUAGUACCUCCUCAAUGUGGGUGUAGUACACAGCACGGCUGCAUGAAACUGCCGUGACUUUUUUACACAGACAAACUACUGACUAGUGACUUGUAAAACAGUUGUUUUGUGUGUCAUUAGAAUUAGAAUUAGAAUCAGUCAAAUUAAAAUUGUUCAGUACUUUCUCCAUGACUGGAACACAGACUCUGUCCGACAGGGUUUGUGGUGAUGCUUGCCCGCCGCCCUCGCAGGCUUUCACCAGUGUUGACACUAAAUACACCAGACUCCUCUGUUAAAUGUUGAGAUUUUAGAUAUUUACUUGGUAAUUGUUGGAGAUUAACCCACGUUUUCAGGAUUGUUAAGUCUUUUUAACUGAUCUACACUUCAGCAUUGUUCGAAAGUCUGACAACGUCAUGCAUAGUGUCAUCUCAACUCACUUCUAACCUCGACAGAGCAAGCACUGCUUUAGAAACAAUCAAUUUUUUUAAUUUAAAUUUUGCUUUAUAGGCCACAUAGGAAUGGCAACCUGUCGCACAUUUCCUCAUGUUUUACCACUCCAGCGGGAAACUUUAAGUGAACUGCAGCUGAAAAAGGGUAAAUCUAUCUUUUAGUACAUAAUAUGAAAUCCCUCACAAUGAUGAUCCUGUUUAUUUCAAAAAGCAGAAGGUAAAUGAAUGUGAAAUUGUCCAGUGUCCCUGAAAAGGGAGUCAACUUAAUCUGGCACUUAAUCUGGUGUUACAACAACAUCAUAAAAGAAAAAGGUCAUGUUCAGCCUUGAAUAAUGUAUUAUAUCAGGGAAACUACAACAUAUGAUACAAUUCAAAUCAAGGCUUAUUCAAAUUAUAAAAGUAUUAGACAUUAUAAAGAUGUAACUUUAUUUAAAAAAAACGGUAUUAUUUUUAGGCAUAGAUUUGCCCUUUGUAUACUUUGUAACUAAUUUGUGUAACUUUUGUAACAAAUUUUUUGUUUUCAUCUGUUGUUUUUUUUAUUUCAACUUUUGCUUGCUAACUUACUCUAACUAUCAAACUCUAUAUGUUUAUACAAAACAUAUAAAUAUUAUACAGUAUAUUACAAGAUCUUUUUUUUAGGAGAGAGUGUCAGUAAUUUACUUUGAGGCCUUCAAGAAUAUUGAAAACAUUGCACUGAUUUGCAAAAGGUCACAUUUUACGGUACUGUGAUUACAACUAUAAUGUUUCUCAACUAAGCUUAGCCUACAACAGUGUUGGGAUAAUUCAGGAAUCUUUGUUUGAAUCUCUAGAGUGCAUUUGGGAUAUAGUAUUCAUUUGGGAUAUAAUAUUCUACUCUGCGAUUUUCAUAACACCUUACUUUUAAGUACAAAUAUAUUAGGUUCCUGUCACGUUCAAGAACCUUUCGAAAUGCAGUUCAAGAUGUCAGUGCAUGAAAGUAUGGUGGCAAACCAAUGCUUCCUGAAAUUAUUUAGUAUUCAUACAUUUUAUAAAAAAGUAAGCUUUAAUAGCUAUUGUAGGAAUAGUGAAAGUAAAGGUUUUUGAAAGAGGAUGAAGCAUUCAAUUGUUCUUUUCAUUCAACUUUCUACCAAAUGUCAGAUUUUUGUGAAGUUUUGUCAAUAAAUAAGCUCAUCUCCUCAUGUUUGUGUGUACAUUCGUUAGUGUUUAACUUUUUGGUUUAGUCUCUGAACCAUAUGUGGCGUCAUUAACAACUGAACAGUGAAAAACGUAGACUGACACAUCAGCACUCUCAUACUGAGACGUGCGUCACGUUUAAAGAAAAACCUCGACCCCAACUGCCUGUGAUUAUGCUGGACAUGAGAAAUGACAGUUACUGUGACCACAUUCUUCCAUCUGAAGGCACCCUGUUUCUCAUGAAAGAGAUGAAAUUUUGAUAAGUGGUCGAACCACAUCCUUUGAGCUAAACACAUAAAGAGAAGUGUGUGCAGUGCGGGUGGGUUUCAGUGCAUCUCAGGACAGCAAAGACAGAGGGUUGAAAUGUUCCACCUGAGAUAUUUCACUCUUUUCUUCUCCUGCAUUUUACUCCUCAUCGUCUGCUCAAGUCAUGGUUCUGAGAUCGUUAAUGGAAGUGAAGUUGUGCCCCACUCACUGCCUUACAUGGCUCUGCUUCUCAGCAACAAACCAAGCUGUGGAGGGGUACUGAUCGAUCCAUUCUGGGUCCUGACAGCUGCACAUUGUUCUGACAUUAAAGAGGUGUGGCUGGGGGUACACUCCAUCAAAGCUGCUGAAAAGAACGCCAGGCAGAUCCAAAAAGUUAAGAAGCAAUAUCCUCAUCCCUGCUAUGACAAAACAGAACAUGUCAAUGACCUCAUGUUGCUCAAGCUUCAAAAAAAGGUGAAGGAAACUGACACAGUAAAGUGUCUUAAGUUGGGUAAAGCUGCCAAAGAUCCACAAGCUGGCACCAAAUGUACAGUGGCUGGAUGGGGCCAAAAAAAAUUCAAAAGUAAGGAAAUGUCAGAUGUCCUGAGGUCAGUCACUGUGGCUGUGGUCGACAGGAGGAAGUGCAACUCUCCUGCGUUUUACGACUUCAACCCUGUUAUCACCAAGGGCAUGAUAUGUGCUGGUUCAGAUGGUAAACAUGUUGCCGAUACAUGCACGGGGGAUUCAGGAGGCCCUCUGUUGUGCAACGGAGAGCUACUUGGAGUCACUUCUUUUGGCAAGGAGUGUGGCCUCAUUAAAAAGCCUGGAGUGUACACUUUCCUUUCAGUGAAACAACUCUCUUGGGUCAAAGAGACGAUGAAGAAAUCAGACGCAUGAGUCACUGUUAAGGAGUUUGUAUUUGCCUCCAAGUUAACCAGUUUGAUUGCUUAGACUUUUUCUUUGACAUAUCCACUUUCCCUACUCAUAUAUAAUAGGGAGGGGCUUCUGCUGCAGUAAAAACAGGCAAAAAAUUUUUUGAGUCUUCUCAUUAACGUGACAGCAAAUCAUUAAAGUGACCACAAGUCCUUGUAUAUUGAACUCCCAACAGAAAACAAGCAACAUGUCAACAAUAUAGGAAAUGUGCUUUUUUUUGAAAAUUACAUUACAAAUGAGUACUGUACAUACAAAAACUGGGAAAUUGUGGUUUCCUUGAAAUG